AUGAAUGCGGCGACAGAGGGCAACGUCACUCGCCUAGUAGAAAUCAUCAACCGCUUUGUGAACGAAAGAACUUAUGUGGGAGAAGGACUGUUCCAACGCUUAAGUAACGGCUUAAAGGUCAAUAGAGACAUCGUGAUGAAUUCCGUGUUGAAGAAAGAAUAUGGGUGGCGACAGGUCGAAUGUCGGAUGAUGCGCGGACGAUGUUCUAUCGAUCAAAUGACUCGAUACCACCAGUCGAUUCUACAGAGUAUCACCAACAUAAAAAGAGAGUUUGUGUUUGUCUGCGACGAGUAUGGGCGGUCGUUGAAGUGUUUAACACCGCAGCGUUGUUUUUGUCAAAUGAAAGGCUCUCCAGAUCCCGUCGAGAUCAAACGCGAGAGUUGCGAGUCGGAAAUUUUCUAUGCGAUAUGUUCGGAUGGGACUCUUGUGAAGCCUUUAGUGACCGUUUUAAGCAGAUAUGAAGAACAAGCCAAACACCUUCUUGGCGAGAAAGUCGUUCUCAAAACAAAUGACAUUGGGUGUUUCAAAUGGGUUGAUCUCAGGAGUUGGAUUAGUUCCACUUUAGUCAGCACAAUCAAUGAAAAACGUCGUCGUCUGAAUUCACCAAAUGAAGAUGCUGUUGUUGUGGCCGCGGAGUUUUAUAAAGACGCUUUUAAUGUCGAUUUAUUGAAGAAGAACAUGAUCAAAAUGAUCUUUCUCAAUGAGGUCUUAACAGAGUCCACUCCAAUGCUCAAAAUGACCGAAUUAAUCGAUUUUGUUGUUUCAGUGCGAUACAUCGACAAUCAAGACGUUCUCCCUUUAAUAGCCGCUAACCUCUUAACACAAAUCCCAAAGGAAAAUGUUCAAUCCUGCUUUUUGAAUGUGUUUUACCUCGACACUGUAUCCCUCCAAGUUGUCUCCUAUGCCUUAUUUAAAGACUUUAUCACAAAACAACGGAACACGGAAUUGCUUAUUCCUCAAGAAGUGAAUGAUGUGUGGACACGGGAACACUUCAAAUUCAAUUUCACGGUCUUGAAAUACCCAUUCACCGCGUUGAUGAUUAAUAUCUUCUCAACAAAACCAUUUCUCGAGUGUCACAGUGUGUCGGAGCAAGUCAUAUUUCUUGUCAAGUACUUUCCAGUCUUAGUCAAAUAUUUUCGAAAAGUUGAUAAUUGA